AUGACAAGCCUGUGGCGCGCCAUCUCGGGGAAGCGCAGCCCGGAGAGCGAUCCCUCGGAGGCAUCACGGCCAAGCGGUUGGCUUCCCCCCAUCCUUCAAAACGCCGAAUCUCACGAGAGGGACGACUUCCACCUGAUGGACCUCCGGCUGCAGAGCCCCUCAAGAAGUCGAUGCGGGUCGCGUGCCCGAUCAAAUCAGUCUGGGCAGAGUACGAACCGGGCGUUGUCCACUCCGUCGACUUCGACGCCCCUCUCGUUGCCGCCCAUCAGCCGCAGUGCGACACCGCAUUCCCCAUGGACCCCGGCAAGGACGAGGAUGCACAGCUUUGACCGCGCGGGCUCUGAGACGUCCACCGUAAGUCCCAACUCGCUUUAUAUGAGCAUGUUUCCAUCGCCAGCGAAUCAAGUGGGCACGCCGGGAGUGGGCACUCCACACCAAAGCAGCAACCGGGGUACGCCUGCCCAUCGAAACGGUCCAAGUCCAAGUCCUCAUCAGUGUGCGAGAAGCCCCGUCAUGUGGUCGGACGAGUACACAGAUAGAUCUUUGCGUACCUUCAUGGUUGCCAAGAGCCGGAAUCGCUUUGCCUCGACGGACCCCGGCUUGUGUGUCCUCUUCGUCCUCUAUGCUUCGCCUUUGGCAAAUUACUUGCCGAUAGACUUUGAGUCGGAGAUUGACCGCAUUGUGUGCAGCGCGAGGGAUUCCGGCAGACUGCAGACCGGGCAGGUGAGACUCAAUGUUGGCACGGCUUCCUCUUCCUCGUUGACUAAGCUGCUGACGCUGUCGCACGCGCAAAGGAGCGGCCUCAUCCUGCAUUUAGCAGCCCAUGGCGACGAGGCUGGUGGUCUCAUUCUGGAGAGCACGAAGGGAACAGGAGAAGUCCAUAGCUGUAGCCAUGAGAAGCUCAGGAAGAUCUUGAACGUGGGGGGACGUGGCCUGCGUGGCGUUUCUCUGGUCUUCCUGAGUUCCUGCAGCUCAAAGAAACUUGCACAAGUCUUUAUCGACUGCGGCUGUCAGCACGUCAUUGCGACAAACAGGACAGUUCUCGAUGCCACUGCGCGAGCUUUCACUGAGCGCUUCUACGGUGCGCUUUUUGUUGGAAAGUCGAUUGCAUCAGCUUUCGAACACACGAAAGAAGCGCUGCUCGCCAGUUCACACCCAGAGGUGGCAGAUCAGUCGAAUGCCUUCCUCUUGCUCACGAACCAUGACAGACUGGAAGGCGGCGACUGUCCCUGCACUGGCAUGGAGGGCGAUGGGUCGUGGCAGCUCAUGGAGUGUCUAGAGAGGCCGUCGUCGGUUCUCAGCCAACGCGACACCGAUAUCGAGGGCUUCCAGGAGGCAUGCAGCUUCCAGGACAAGCUGACGUUCCUCCCGCCCUCGGUGGAAGACUUCUUUCGUCCACCGGUCAUGCAGCAGGUUUUGAUGCUUCUUCGUAACCGUCGAGCCUGUGCUCUACAUGGCCCGGAGGGCAUCGGGAAGACCGCACUGGGUGUGGAAAUCGCUCGAUUCGCCGCAAGUCCGGGCAGGCUGUUUUCAAGCAACGUGCUCCACGUCCAACUGGAUCAGAAGAGCAGAGCUGUCAAGACUGUCAAGGAGUGCGUCGACUUUUUCAUGGCCAGGGCUGGACCAUGCUCGGUGGCAGAAGCGCCGGAAGGUAACAGCCGCUGCGUUGUUUGGCAGCUGCAACAACUAGAGCGGUUCAGAUCUCAUGCGCCAAUCCUCCUGGUGCUGGACGACGAAUGCCACGCUCUGGAACAAAGCAACUCUUUGCGAGGUCUGCUGGCCGAAGUGCUGCGCAAGACUCAUCGUGUAACGCUGCUGCUUUGCUCCCGAUCCCCAUUGCACGAGUCAUUGGCGGACACAAAGGUAGUGAACAUUGAGCUCGCUGGUCUUGAUGAACAGCGAUGUGCUAGCCUCCUGCUACGGCGUGUGCAUCGCCCGCUGGGCCCAGCGGACUUCCUUGAUUCGGAGAAUCUCUCCGAGGACAGAACGCGGGCGCAGCUGCGGCAGGCGGCAGAGGUCGCAAAGCUCCUCGUUGCCAGCAAGGUCCUUGUACCACUGGCUGGGAAUCCAGGACUCGUCCGGCAAGUGGGCUCUCAAAUCUACCCCGGUGGACCUCCACUGCGAGAGGUGGUACAGGAAACGGUCCUAUCACCGCCACCACCGGCCACGAGAGACGUGAGCAGAAAUUCGUUGCAAUGA